AAGAAGAAACUAAAAUUAAAUCAUUCACUUUUACAUCGCGAGAUUGGAAACAGUGUUUAACGUUUUAUUUAGAUAAUAUAGAAUAUAUUUGUACGUGAAAUGGAUAAAAUGUCUACGAUUUUCACAUCUGAUUUGUUUACAAAUACAACAGCAGCGACAACCAAGGUUGAACCCUAUGCAAGCACCACUUCUACAUCCAUCUUUGAAGACUAUAAGACUUUCAGUUUAGAAGAAGUUUCUUGGCACGACACCCUUGGUGAUUGCUGGAUUAUAAUAUACGACAGAAUUUAUGACGUGACCGAUUUCCUGCAAGAGCAUCCAGGAGGCGCAGAUAUCCUGCUGGAUUACGCAGGAAGGGAUGCAACAGUGGCCUUCCGGGGUUCCGGGCACAGUUCUCAUGCCAUAAGGACCUUGGAAAGAUUCUGCAUCGGGGAGUUACCCUUGGCAGAACGUAUUUUCAGAAAGCCGUGUGGAUUUAGGCUUAGCGAUUUACCUGAUUAGCAUUUAGAGUAUUUUUAAAGCAUUUAUGAUUGUAUGAAUUACUGAUUGUUGUUUAUUAUGUUCAGAGAAUAUCUAAAGAUGUUGUGGAAGAAUUGAGAAGAUUGAGGAAUAUGCAAAUAACAGUUUUUUAACAUGUCGACCAUGCAUGCGAUUACAAGAUUUGUUACUUAUUUUUAAGUACGGAUGUACCGACCUAUCUUUCUGAAAUAAAAAAUGUGUAUGAAAUAA